GUAAAAUGACUUACUUCCCUUGAAAGAAGAUGGCUGUGCUCGUCGUGUGAAGAGAUGCUGAGAUAAGAGGAAUGUGUGGUUGACAUGGGUUAGAAGAGUCCUUCAUUAGGAGGCAGGGAUUCUGAGAUCUGAACUGUAUUCCAUGGAGUCAGACAAAUGUAAAUCCAAUAGUGACCAAUCAGAGGAGGAGAUGGUGCGACCCCACGAGUCCCGUGGGGCAAUGACCUUUGUCCCUGUUGGGCUGAACAUCCAGAAAUUCCAGUUAUCUCCCCUGUCCUGUACAUGUCGACGGUUCUAUGUGCAGAUCUGUGUGCUCCUGGUCAUUGUGGUGCUGCUGGUGCUAAUACGAACAAUCUCUAAUGUGCGGGUCAUGUUUGAGGAGUACCACAUGGCAAGUGACACAGACGGGGAGCUUGUUGUCCUGCCCCAGCGAUUCGCACAGUCACGUUCAGCAUUCUGCCUUGAUGGUUCAGCUCCAGGCUACUACAUUCGAUAUGGUCAGUUCCCAGGUAACACUAAUUGGAUUAUCUACCUGUCACCAGGUGCCUGGUGUAGCACACCUGCUGAUUGCUAUAACAGAAGCUUCACAGCUGUCGGCUCUAGUGUAAUAGCUCCAAUCUUCUUUCCUUUCACUGGAAUCCUGUCAGCUAAUGAGGAGGAGAACCCAGAUUUUUACCGCUGGAACAUGGUCAAAAUCCUCUAUUGUGAUGGUGGCUCCUUUUUAGGAAACAGGGCAGAACCACUGGUCCACCAGGGGAAGCACCUGUACCUGCGCGGGACACAGGUGUUGACAGCUGUUAUUGAGUACCUUCAGAUGAACACAAACUUUGGAGCAGCUGAGAAGGUGAUCCUGGCCGGCUCCUCAUCUGGUGGUCUUGCUGCUCUCAUCAAUGUUGACCACUUAAGGAAGAAAUUAGUGACGGUCAAGUCUGUCCAUGCCUUACUGGAUGGCAUGUUGUUUAUAGACAGUCAGAACAUCUAUGGCAAACACAUCAUGCAGGACACUUUGAAAAAAGUCUUCCACCUUCAUAAAAUAGCAGAUGCCCCAGCUAUCCAAGAAUGUACCUCGAGUCUGGCGUUGUCGAUCGCCUACCGUUGUAUGGACCCUCUCUACUUCUACAACUACUUAUUCACACCCGUGUUCCUGAUCAGCUCUCUCCACGACUCCUGGUACAUAAACAAUGCCCUGGCCAUCACCUGCCCGUUUAAGAAGUGCCCACCCCAGGAGAUCAUUGUAAUAGACAAAUACAAGUCUGCUACAUUACGGGCACUCCAGCCUGUGAAACAAUCUGUCCAUGACGGCCUGUUCAUCACAUCGUGCCCAGUUCACAUUCUGUUACUGUCUAAGUGGUUCUCCCAUCAGUCUGUUAGUGUUAACAACACCAGUCUACAACAGGCUCUGUCUCUGUGGUAUCAUCACAAACACCCUGUCAAAUACAUCGACAACCGUCAGUUCUCAGAGACGCUGCACACCUGUAAAACUAUCACAUACUAAUAUUAGACUGUCGCAGACUAGUGUAAGACUGUCUCAUACUAGUGUAAGACUAUCAUAUACUAGUGUAAGACUGUCUCAUACUAGUGUAAGAUUGUCACAGACUAGUUUAAGACUGUCACAGACUAGUGUAAGACUGUCACAUACUAGUGGGAGACUGUCACAGACUAGUGUAAGACUGUCACAGACUAGUGUAAGACUGUCUCAUAAUAGUGUAAGACUGUCACAUACUAGUGUAAGACUGUCUCAUACUAGUGUUAGACUGUCACAGACUAGAAUAAGACUGUCACAGACUAGUGUAAGACUGUCUCAUACUAGUGUAAGACUAUUACAUUCUAGUGUAAGACUCUCAUACUAGUGUAAGACUGUCACAGACAAGUGUAAGACUCGCAGACUAGUGUAAGACUGUCACAGACUAGUGUAAGACUGUCACAGACUAGUGUAAGACUGUCACAUACUAGUGUAAGACUGUCUCAUACUAGUGUUAGACUGUCACAGACUAGAAUAAGACUGUCACAGACUAGUGUAAGACUGUCUCAUACUAGUGUAAGACUUGCAUACUAGUGUAAGACUCACAGACUAGUGUAAGACUGUCUCAUACUAGUGUAAGACUGUCUCAUACUAGUGUAAGACUGUCACAGACUAGUGUAAAACAGUCAUAUACUAGUGUAAGACAGUCAUAUACUAGUGUAUGACUCCCAGGAUGACCUGAUAAACCCUCUACUAAUAAUAGUGUGGUGAUCCUCUGGCUGUGUCGGCAAUAAUAUCUUAACUGGUAUUGUGGGGAACCCUCUGUCAGGGAUGGUGUGGGAAACCCUCUGUCAGGGAUGGUGUGGGAAACCCUCUGUCAGGGAUGUUGUUGUAUUCCCUUUGUCAGGGAUGGUGUGUAAAACCCUCUGUCAGGGAUGUUGUUGUAUUCCCUUUGUCAGGGAUGGUUUGGGAAACCCUCAGACAGGCAUGGUGUGAGAAACCUGUGUAAAACCCUCUGUCGGGGAUGGUUUGGGAAUCCCUCAGACAGGCAUGGUGUGCGAAACAUGUGUAAAACCCUUUUUCAGGGAUGGUGUGGGAAUCCCUUUGUCGGUGUGGGAAUCCCUCUGUCAGGGAUUGUGUGGGAAACCCUUUGUCAGGCAUUGAUCAUGUGAGAAACCCAUUGUCAAUGAAGGUUUGGGAACCUUUCUGACAGAUAUUUGGUAAUAAAUAACAGUAUUGUGAUAUGAAGCUCAACUCACUUUUGUUGUAGACAUUUAUUUUCAUUUAAUUAUUCAUGUAAUUUAUUUAAUUUAAAUAAGUCUGUACAUGAGGACAUCAAAUGUGGUUUUGAUGGAGAUGUUUUUGUAUAGAUGAACAGACAGGAAAACUGCAGUGCUCUGUGAGGUAAUUGAUUUGUCUGCCUCAGCUGUACAGCCAUGUCUUGUUGAGGACUUUGUAUGACAGUGUCCAUUUCAACAACAUUAAAAGGCCACAAACAUUU